AUGAACACCUUCCACUUGCCUUUUGGAGAGAUGACGAUCCUCCUCCACGAUGUUCAGUACUUACUGCAGAUUCCUGUUGAGGGACGACUGAUGAGUAGGACUUCUGUGCAGCUUGACCAUCCGGAGGUGGGUUUGUGUGCGCUUCUUGGGAUGAGCUCGGAGCAGUUGAGUGGUCGUUCGGAGGCCCCCUGGAUUUGGUAG